GCGGAAGCAGGUAUAUAAAUUCGCGGUGUCGAUUUCAAUAACAGAAGAAGCGAUGGCGUUGACAGCUUUGUAUCUCUUCAGCCUUUUGGCGUUCUCGCAAGCGGGAGUUCUUCACCCGCAGUUCGAUCCUAGAAUUGUAGACGGAGAAGAUGCUAGGCCAGGCGAAAUUCCAUAUCAGGUCUCUUUGCAAGACACUACUUCCUUCCACUUCUGUGGUGGCUCAGUCCUGAACGAAAACUAUGUUAUCACGGCAGCUCACUGUGUAGAAGGCCGAUCACCAUCGGGCUUAAAAGUCAUUGCUGGUAGCAUCAAUUUGAAGGAUCCAAAAGUAACAAAUCGAGUCACAAAAAUUAUUGUGCACGAGAAAUAUGAUUCCUCCGAUUCAUGGAUUAACGAUAUUGCUUUACUGAGGGUGGAAAAUGAAUUCAAAAAGACUUCCACUCUUCAAUUCGUUCCUUUACCACCAAGGGAUUUUGUUGUCAACGCUAACGAUGUAGCUACCGUAUCAGGAUGGGGCCGACUCUGGCAAGGUGGACCAACUACUAACCAAUUACAACGUGUCGACAUCGUCAUUGCUGAUCAAAACUACUGCUCCAGUAAAUACAGGGGGAUGGGAUACAAUGUCUAUGCUACGCAAGUUUGCGCAUAUGAUCCGAGGACUGAGAAAGGAUCCUGCCACGGUGACUCUGGUGGCCCAUUGACUGUCAGAGGAAAUCUCGUUGGUUUGGUAUCCUGGGCAAAUGGUUGUGCCAGUACUUCUUACCCCACUGUCUACACUCGUGUUCCUUCAUACCUUGAUUGGAUUAGGGCUAACGCGGUCUAAACUCAACUUUACUCGCUUUUAGUUAUGAAUUGUAUUCUGUUCCUUGAUUUGUAUUUUAUGAAAUGACUCGGAAAAAGAGGACUCUUCUCUAUGUACAAGUAAUAAUGACGAUGUGACAUAAGGUUGCACAUAGCAGGUAUCCUCACGAAAUUUAUACAUUUGUAAAUCUGUACAUUUUCAAAGCAAUAAACUACAUGAUUCUAGCAAAGUA